CACAGAUUCGGGGAAGACGAUCUUGGAGAACAGUCUGUCAAAAACUGUCAAGAGGAAAAGAAGAGACAUUGAGCUGAGUAAUGUUCAUGAAUGAAUGCUCAUUUUCAAACUUCAGGUACAUAAUAUGCCACAUUCCAAUGAGCUUCAUGUCACUAUUUGCCCAAAAGGGAAACUGCCUAAACCUAUUUGUAUCGGCCCAGACAAGUAUAAAUGCCAGUUCUGCAACAGUAAAGGAGAGUAUGCUGCACUUGUGGCUCACAUACAAACUCAUGAGAAAACAGCGAUUGAAUUUUAAGGUAAAAGAAAAAAAAAUUAAAAAUGCAAUCUGGGAUGCAGUAAAAGCACCCACUACCAUUGCUGCUGCUGCAAGAGGACUAUAAUCUCACGAAAUUAUUUCACCGACCAUAUACACAAAUGUGUUUUAUCCAUAAACAUGCAAGUGCACAAACUGUGUAGCUCUUUAGUCACCAGCACUUCACCAUCAUUGUGUAGUCACUCUGUCCCACCAAUCAACACCUCUGUCCCUAUAUGCAGUGACAUUAAUGGCUCAGACCCUCAGUGCAGUGAAGACAGUGCCACAGGGAGAAACCUGAAUGUCUUUGAAACUAAAGUCCUCCGUCCUUACCUUCUUCUUUGACUGCUCCAGUUACACCCUCUGACAGCCAGAUGAUACUGAUGUCUGUGAACCCAACCCACAAUAUCUGUGCUUGGGAGCCUUAAAGCCCUGAAAUCAAGUCCCAAACGAAUCAUGUGCUGCUUCUGCAAUUUGAUUCUGAACAAGAAAAACAUCCAAGUACACAUUCAAAGACAACACGUCUGCUAAUCUGGAUUUGCUGCUGACAAACGGACUAAACCAUACACACUGUCUCUGGCAACAUGGAAGACCUGGUAGUAGAAGGCAUUACACUCAAGAUGCUUAUUGAUGCUCGGGAGACUGUCAUGAACAGCCCUUUAGGAGUGAUCAAAACACCCAUGAUCCUCUGCAGCCAGACCACACUGCCCAUCCAUGUGCCCUGUAACACCUAUUUGAAGUUGGAGAACAUGCAGGUUACAGGGUCGUUUAAGAUUAGAGGUGUCGCAAAUCAGUUCGCCCAAAAAUCAGAUGGAGGUCAUUUUGUCACUCUGUCUGCUGGGAAUUAUGGGAAAUCCUUUGCUUAUGCCGCUAAACACUACGGAACUAAAGGAAAGGUGGUGAUGCCUGAAACUGCUCCAAUCUCUAGAGCUCUGCUAAUACAAAGUUUUGGCAUCGAGGUUGAACGAGUGCCCACACCUUGUAUUAUGGAUGUCGUCAAUCAAUGCAUUCAAAAAGAAAAAAUGACUUUAAUUCAUCCCUAUAAUGAUCUGGAUCUCAUCGCAGGAUAUACCAGUUUAGGGUUUGAGAUCCUGGAGGUUCUUCCUAAUCCUGAUGUGGUAGUAGUGUGCUGCGGUGGAGGAGGUUUACUGGCCGGAGUAGCAGCAGCCAUUAAACUUUCUGGUUGUGAGGACACGAGAAUUUAUGGUGUGGAACCAGAAGGAGCAUGUACCAUGUAUAAAAGCUUCAUUGAAAAUAAACCUGUUGGCAUGGACAGCAAAAGCAUCGCCUCUGGUCUGGCACCUCCAUCUGCAGGUGCCCUGCCAUAUGCAAUGUGUAAGAAAUACGUGGAGGAGAUCGUGUUGGUGACUGAUGAUGAAAUCAAGUCUGCCGUUUCCACUCUCUACAAAGCCGGUCUAGUUGUAGAGCCCUCAGGAGCCGCUGCCUUUGCUGCACUCGUUAACAACAGAAUACCAGACAUUACUGGCAGGAACAUUGUGAUAAUCCUGAGUGGAGGGAACAUCGGCAAAGAUGAGCUUACCAGCUUCCCAGACUGAUUCACACCACUUUUCCUGUUUAAUGUGGGACUUAAAUGUUUUUUUUUUUUUAAUAUGUGGAUGAAGAUUUCACCCAUGAAAAACACUAAAAUGAAAUUUAUCAAAAUAAAAUAACAUUGUUUCAAA